AUUUUUUUGUUUUGAUUUUCACGUAAGUUUUCUUUUUCUUGCGUUGCGCGGUAUGAGAUACAGCUGUCAGCUGAACAAUAAUAGUUUUAUCUAUCUGCUUAAGUUCUAAGUUAAAAUAUGGAUGCUGACGAAAUAUAUAAAGAAGAACCUAAACAGGUAAAGCUACCAUGGUACCGUAAUAUAACUGUGGAACCCCCAAUGUUCUUAUACAUGAUGGCAUUCAUGAUAACAAAUGUUAUUGAGCAAACAUUCUAUGUGUUCCGUGCUUGCACAGUUGACCAUGGAUAUAGCCAAGGUAUAUGCCAUAACAUAUCUAGCUACCCAAACAUCAGUUCCGAGGUGCAGGUUACAGUUGCAAGAUUUCAACAGUGGUUUGGUGUAUCUUCACAUAUAGUUCCACUGAUAUUGGCUUUUUUCCUCGGGGCUUGGAGUGAUAAACGUGGACGCAAGUCAAUACUGUUGGCUGGGUUCCUAGGAAAACUGUACUUCUCAUUUAUGAUUACAGUCAUUACUAUGAAUGAUUGGCCUCUUGAUUAUGUGAUUUAUGUAGCAGCCUUUCCAAGUGCCUUAACAGGGGCCGAUCUGGCGAUAUUUGCCGGCUGCUUUGCAUACAUAGCUGAUGUGUCACAUGCUAAGAGUCGGACUCUAAGGAUUGGCAUCUUGGAUAUAGUUUAUUUGAGUACCAUGCCUACAGGAGUAGCCCUAGGUAAUGUCUUGUUCAAAAAUGUGUUCAACAAGUCAUUUACAAUGAUGUUUGCUGUUAACACUAUUCUCAUGGUACUGGCUUUUCUUUAUUCAUUGUUGUUCUUGAAGUGGCAAACAAGACCAGAACAGAAAUCCUUAAAGGAAGCCGGAGUAACAAACCCUAUCAAGGAUUUCUUUGAUCUAAAUAAUAUUAAACAAACUGUCAUUACCCUACAGAAGAAGAGGACAAGUAAUAGAAGAUUAUAUUUGUGGAUUUUGCUGAUUUCCAUGGCUUUGUACACAUUCCAACGAGAUGAACGUCCAGUUAUGUACCUGUAUACUAUGAAAGUAUUUCAAUGGGACGCCUCGAACUUUUCAAACUUCCGAACCUACAUGAGUACGGCUUAUGUUCUUGUCAUGCUGCUAGGCAUACCGCUUAUGACGAAGGUGUUUAAAUGGCGAGACACUGUGAUCGUGAUGCUGGGCGCCACGUCCCACAUGGCGGGUCACUUCGUGUACGCGCACGCGUCGGUCGGCCGCACCAUGUACUGGGGUGCCACCGUGGCCGCGCUGGGCCCUUGCGUCGCGCCGCUCAUACGGUCCAUGACCUCCAAAGUGCUGGAACCCGCGGAAAGAGGUGUGGCAUACGCGUUCCUGUCCGUGAUGGAGAACGCUGUGGGAAUGUUCGCAUCAGUCAUUUACGGACAGCUAUACAGUGCGACUCUUCAUUCUGACGCUAUAAAUGCGAUAUUCUAUUUGACAAUGAGUACGCAGAUGAUCGUCUUCAUUUUCGCAGCAGUAAUGGAGAUAAAACUGAGACACAAGAGAUUAGAGGCUAUCAUAGAUCAAGAUGAAAGGCAGAUAUCAUCGGAUAAAUCUAUUUCGUGAUAACAUUUAUUGCAUUUGCAUUGUUGUUUAGAUAUAUAAUUAUAAAAGUGCAUACAAGGACGAUGAGUAAUGGUGCUAAAGCUUUAGAUACAUAAAAUGUACCUAAUCUAUACCUGUAUAUUUAAGAAAAAAAUAAAAAGGAAUUAGGACACAUAAAUAAGCCACUCGAAUAGAUAAUUAUGUAUAAUAUUUUAAGGCCUUCGAUAAGGAGAAUAUUAAAGUACUUACCUAUGAAAUCAGCUAAAGAUGCUAAUAAAUUCAUAAUUUAAAUCUA